UUUCAGAGAUCCUGAUCCAAACGGUCUCUCAGAUUGCCCAAGAAUGUGCAAAUGGAUGUACAAGAGGACUGGGACAACAGGAUUUGCAUUAGAAGAGAUUUAUAAGGCGCUUGGAAACACAAAGGUGAUUUCAAGUACGCUGAAACCACAGGGAGAUGAACUAGACCUCUUGUAUGAAAUCAUGGAUGAAGGGAGUGUGGAAGACGUGGAGCUGCAAGAUGAUUCAGAUAAGGCAGACAUAGCCGUUGACAGUUGGAACCGGAUCCUUAUAGAACCGGAAGGAACAAUAUUUUGGGAGGAUGUAUUCGAGAUGGAUGUGAGAACCCGGCCUACCACACAGCAACAAUCUGAGCCUCAUGGUAUAUUCGAAGGACAGGAGGAAGAAAGGGUAUGUGAGGAAUACGGGGCAGGGGGCGAGGCAGGCCGUGAGAGUGUAAAAGAGUUGGAAUUGAGAUUGAACAAGAGAAUGGAUGACGGAUUUGCAUUGAGGGACGAAACAAUUCGUCUCUUGGCAGCACGAGUAAAGGAGUUGGAACAAGACAAGAUUCAAAGAGAAAAUUGGUCAUUCCAAUUUGGUGAAUAUGAAACAUGUGAGGCUUCAGGAGGCAAAGGAAGAGAUAAUAUGAGCAAUGGCAAUGAGGAUGGUGAGUCAGUGGCUGAGAAGGAUGGUGAGAAACAGGUCGAAGAAGAGGCUGAGAAGAAUGGCACGAAAGAGGCUGAGAAGGAUGGUGCGAAAGAGGCUGAGACAACACCUGAAGAUGCUGAGGGUGAAGAAGAAGCUGAUAAGGAUGGUAAGAAUAGCGAGUCAGAUGCCAUCACUGCAGAUGUACACACUCCUCUUCCUACUGAGACAACAUCUGAAGGGUGAGGAAGAGGCUGCAAAAGAGGCUUAUGAGGUCGCUGGCAAUGAGGAUGAAGUAGGUCAGAAAGAGGGCGAGACAGAGGCAGACAAGGAGGGUGAAACUGAGGAAGGCAAGACAGAUGUGGAGGACUCGCCAUCUACUCUUCAAGUGAUGGAAUAAGCUGCGGAGAAACUCGAGAAAGAGGUUGAUGAUAAGGCUGCUGCAGAGAAGGCUGCUGAUGAGUUAGCUGCUGCUGAAAAGGCAGCUAGUGAUAAGGAAAAAGUUGGUGAUGAGGAGGAGACCAGGCCAAAGAGGACCCAUAAACCUUCUUGUCCGCUCAGGUCUCCGUAUCAGAAAAACUAAUAGCUAUUUGGAAUAGCUUUUCAGAACUAAAACUUAUGUUCCAACUAAAACUUAUGACUUAUGUUUCUUUUGAUGCUAAAACUUAUGACUUAUGUUUCUGUUGUGCUAAAACGUAUGACUUAUGUGGAUGUUGUGUUAAAACUUAUGACAUAUGUUUUUGUUCUUGUUUCUGUUGUA